AACCAACGUAAACACCAGCCACCCUCCUCUCCCCCUCCUCCCCCCUCUGUCUCUUCUUCCUCUCGGCUUUGCAGCAGCGCCAAAAGCGGGCGAAAAUGGCAAGCUCGGCUCGCAGCGAUGACCAAUAUUACGAAAGGAUAACGUCAGUUCAGCAGAGCAUGCACGAAAGGGAGAGACGCAGGCUGGAGCUGGAGAGGGAGCUGUUUGUUUACUCCAGAUCUGAUAAAAGACUCUUACAGAUAAAGUGUUCCAAACUGCGCAGUUAUCUCAAGGAAAUCUGUGACAGGGAAGCACGAGCGAAAAUGAGAAACCUUGAGCUUCUGAGAGAUGUGGAGUGCAUAGAAAUUAGCAUGAAGGAAUAUAGUCCUGACCAUGGCCCCCUUCUACAACAAAAGGCUGACUGUUUAAAAAAGAUUUCCAAAUUUAUGGAAGCCAGGAAGAAAAUGGAGCGGGAGCUUAAACCAGCAAAGAUUGAAGCUUUUCAUACACAACAGCGGGACAGCUACCUCUCUCACCCAGCUGAGGAUUUUACACAAGCACCAGUGGAAAUUUUUAUGGGCCACCAGACCUCCAGAGGGUCUGCCGCUGAGGCUGGCACCACAAGUGUACACUCACACCAAGGACUGCAUCAUUCACCCAAUCGCAGCCUGCACUCCCGCGAAUGUCUACCAAGUGGCCUUUUGAAGGACUUCACAGUUGGCGGAGAGGAAGCCGCCAGCAACCAAGAACAUUUAUCAGAUGACAUUUCAGGCUCAAACGAUUCCCCUGACGACGGUAAUUUGAGUGACAAACAUGAAAGAAUGAUGGGGCUGCUCCCAUCUGUUCGUGCCCUAACAGGCACAGCUGGCAACGUGGCUUUUGGAAGUGAUGAUGAACGGGAACGUUCACCUUUGGUGACCUUGACGGGGCCUGAGAAGAAUCCAUUUCCUGGCAGCCCGCCGAGGGCUACGAAUUCCGUUGCAGAACACGCUGACACCAGAGAGGUGGCUCAUGAGGCACACGUGAUGGAAGAUGAAGAGAGGGGUCAUGGCCAUUUGAUGCUAAAAACCACUUUGAGAAAAGACGCUGAAGAGAGAGCAGGUAGAAGUGAGAGUGUGAGCUCACCAAGCUCAGACGUGGAGCUGUCAGAGAGCACUGCUAGUGAUCUGACUGUUUCUCUGACACAAUCUGAGCUGGAGGAGGAUCUACCAGAAGGUGGGGCACCUGAGAGUAAUGCUCCUUAUGGAGGGAGUGAUCACAGCCAGCACGGCCUCGCGUCGUCUUUGCGCUCUAAUCGCUCCCAGAAAACAUUCCACUUCAGCAGCGAAGCUCCGGUGGGGACCUUGAAAAGUCUCUCCCAGGAAGGACUCUUUAAUCUGCUUGACAGCAUUGAAGGACGACUCCACAGCGAACAGGCCGGUGUGUAUGGGCGUUCUUCUGCUGAUGGAGUGCAGCUGAGCAGAAUAAUCAGCCUUUGUGACGAUGGAGCGGGCUUGAAUGACGAGGACCUUGAAGCAUGUGGGGCAGUCGUCCUUCGUGAGCUUCAGAGGUUGUCAUGGAGCACAGAAAAGGGCUGCCUGCUACCGCGGGAUCUAGUGUGUACUCAUCAGUCCAGCGCUGAGCCUAAUGAAAUAAGCGCCAGCCUCCCUCCUAAUGCUGCUCGGCUGUGGGAUCGCUGGUUCAAGCACGCCCUUGUGCUCAAGGAGCGCCGCGUCCUCAGCACUGAGCGCUUGGUCCAACUGUUCACGCCGCUGCUGCUGAGCCGUCAUGCCACCUACAGCCACCAGGCCAAAGUGUUGCUGAGGACACUUCUGUCCCGGUCCAGUGAGGAGUGCCCCUCAGCAGAGGACGAGAGCGACUUAUCUUCUGUACGCGCUCCUUCUUCUCUCCUGGCUGACGGUGAUGUGACGCCUGCCAGGCCGCUGCAGAAGCAGCAGAUCCGAGAACUACAAAGUACUGAAGAGGACAGCCAGGACGAAAGCCCUGUGGAAAGUGGUCCUAUUAGAGAGACAAAAGCGUAUCAGUUACUUAAACAAUCAGCCAUGAUGGAAAGGCAGCAGAUUUCUGAAGAGGAGGAGGAGGAUAGCCUCUCAGGAAUAAAUCGUGGCCACGAGGAGGACCUGCGGAGGGCCAAAAGCUCCUCACAUCAAGACCCUUACCCUGGGAGAGAGAAAACAAACUCAAAGGCUCGUUCUACUCCGCAAUCAAAAGAUUUCUGGGGUGAAUCGGAUGACAGCGGCUCGGAGAUUGAAGCAGCCUUACGUCCUCAACCUUUCAACACAAACAGCAAAAGCAGUUGUGACUUGUAUGACUGAUAUUUCCACUUAGACGUUUUUUUAAAUGUGCUACAUUAUAUCACUGUAAAAUUUGAGGCAGAUUGACUUGUGGUAGUUCACCCCCUGACCAUUAUUUUAGUGGCCUGCAUUGUAAAUCGUAUGCACACUGUAUCAUAAAAACAAAUAAUAAAGUUGACAGCUCUCACGGUGGGUAAAGUAUGUGAAGAGUUGUCCAACA